GUGCUUGAACGAGCGCUUGUCAAGAUCGUCCAAAAAAGCAUUGCUUGACAAUAUUGGCCAGGGAAGAUACUGACUAGCCUCUGACUCUGUAUAAGUGACCGCGUGGGGCUGUUUUGGAAUGGAAUGGAUGACAUACACUACUGUUGGUCAGGCAGUGAAGUACAUGUAGGCCUACUGCCAGUCAUCUUGAAUUGAGUUAUGCACAUCCGGAUGUGAUGAUGGCUGGCUCUGCUGAGGACAACUUCUCUAAAUGGCUAACAGAUUUGGGUACGCAGUUUAGAAAGUUCUCGGAGGAGCAGCGUAACCAGGUCCUCGACCAUCUGAUUGACCAGAGCAGUAGCAGUCAGCUUCACCACCUCUCAGACAAGCUCCCUCUGCUGGUGAAGCGUGACUUCAUCCGCCUAUUGCCACUAGAGCUCGUCGAGUGCUUGCUUCGUUUUUUUGAUGAUGUGACGUUGCUCCGAUGUUGCUCUGUCAGCCACACCUGGAAUAAUGUCAUUAACCAGUGUGACAGGGCCUGGAGAAGGGCGGCCAUUGUGGCGGGAGCAAGUCUGAAUCAGGCAAAUAAGUGCUCUGGAAAACCGGCUAAGGACAUGACGCCAUACGAAAAGGCUCAGUGUUACAAAGGUAUCUACCUGCACACUGUGCGCAAACUAAAGGAGAUCCGCUCUGACCAAACAUUCAGUCGAGUAAUCCUUAAAGGACACCAGAGCCGUAUCAUGGCUGUGUAUUACAAGAAUGGAAAAGUGGCUACAGGCUGUGAUGAUCACACUGUUCGCUUAUGGGAUGUUACCACUGGCAAAUGUAUUUUAAAGCUGUGGAGCAACAGCAUUAGUGAUGUGAAGUUUGAUGACCAGUUCAUAGUGACAGCCUCGUUUGACAACACUGCAGCAUGUUGGGAUGUGAACAGUGGCAGCCUUGUACAGACUUACAUUGGUCAUAUAGCUGCCAUUUUCACGGUGGAUUUUGAUGUGGAGCGAAACUUAGUUGUGACUGGUGCUGCAGACAGAGUCAUAAUAUUGUGGCAGCUGUCUUCAGGGGAGCUGCUUCACUCUAUAGCAGGUCAUCACACCAGCUGGGUAAUGAAAGUGAGGCUUCUGCCCAGGACGGAUGCAUUAUUCCUAAACCAAAUCCCACCUCUGACACCAGAAAUUGAAACCAUCCCACCGCAGCCACCAGAAACUAUAAGACUAAUCAGUGCCUGCUCCAACACAGCUUUUAACUGGACAGUACUCAAAGAUGACCAGGAAUACAAAGUCAUUGAAGUGAAGACAGUCCAUACCCCACCUGCAAACUUUUGUCUUCACCAGAGUUUUGACAUGAGGAACAACGUCAGCAGCUUCUACUUGUCAGACCGAAAUGCCAGAGAGGGUUACCUUUAUUGUACCCCAUUAAAUCAGGAUAUUAACAGCACAAGACAGACAAGCAAGCUGAUCCAUCUGAAUGGUAACCAUGAUGUUUUCCUCGGGAUCGGGAAACGCUUUGCCAUUUUCGUAGAUUUUCAGGAUACAGAUACGAUGAAGAUAGUUGACCUGGUGAAAAAGGAGACAGUUGCACAACAUUAUUUGCCACCUUGCAGGCCUUCAAGGAACGGAUCAACAUUCACCCUUGGCACCUGUGAAUGGCUAGAUGGAAUAGGAGAGAAGGCAGAAGGGUUACUACUGGCUGCUUGUUUGAAGAGUAAUGAUGUCAUUUUAUUGAAGUGGAAAGACAGAUAGCAGGUGCAUUAAUUAUUAAACAACAUGUAAAUAGUUUAUAGUUCAUGUCGAUUUUCUGAAAUUGUAAAAUAUGUGAAUUUCUCCAUUUAACACUCCACUUUUAUGUAUAUUUCUUGUGUAUAUGUAUCUACACUUACAAUUUGUUUGCCACAGAGUACCAUUGUUUUUAAAGUAAAGAUUACAUAAAUGUGGCAUGUUUGUUGUCAAACAUACAUGUACCCCCUCUUGCAAGGGAGGUAAUCAACAGUUAGUAAUAACAUGGUGGAAAUGGGGUAAGUAAGGAAUAUUUCAACAAAAGUUUUUCAGAUACAAUCUUUGUGGAUGUGUAGGUCCUGUAAAAUAUGUUAUUGAAUUCUGUAUAUUUUAAGCAGUAUCAACAAAGAAAAUCAAAGAUACUGGUCUGAUUAUAAUUUUCUUCCAAUCAUUGUCAAUAUUGCAGUACACUUAUGAAGAAAUAGAAUAAAGUAGUUGUAGUCUAACAAUAUGUCUUUGUCACUGCUAUCUGAUAUAUAAAAUAAAUGUCAUAUU